CGUUAACACUUUCCUUCAAAGUAAUUGCUCUCGAGAGUGAGAGCACGGUGAAAUGGUGAGUGACUCGAUUUCACUGAUUGAAAUGACUAUGUAACUCUCGAUGGUGUGUUUGGAAAAACUGGAUCACAGUGUCCCAGUGUUUCAUGAACGUCUUUGUCUUUCUUUGUGAUUGAAUCGUUCAAAUGAACGGCUUUAGAGGAAGUUAAAUCGAGCUCAGAUCUGUGUGUGUGUGUGCGUGUGUGUGUGCGUGUGUGUGUGUGUGUGUGGGAGGGGUGAUCCUGCAGCAGAGUCCUGCAGCUGUACAUGUACAGUAGAGGAGACUUUAAACUCUCAGGUGUGAGGAGGACAAAACUCAAGUUUUACUCUGACUUGUUCAGGUUUUUUGAUCUGCUGAUUCCAUGGCUUUCUUCACCAACAUCACCAUCCUCCUGGUCGUGGCGUGCGUUUCCCAUCAGCUGAUGUUGGGCAGCUGUCAGAAGGGACAGGGGCGAAGGGGACGAGGGGGGGACAGAGGUCAACACAGGGUCACGUCAGGGCUGAAGCUGGGCCGCCAACCCAAAUCUGUCGCUGCUCGGCCCGUCAAGGGGAAAGUGGUCACCCGGGACAAGUCUGAGUGUACGUGGGCAGCGACGGGGGACGAUGUCCUCGUCCUCGGUGCCACCUGCAAGAAGGGAGGCAGGAGGUUCAGCUGUGAAUACGUCGCCAAACCGUCCCUCUGUCCUGAAUACGCGUCCAAUGUGAGCUCUUACUGGAGGCAGAUAGUCAGAGCGCUGAAGAAGCAGAGAAGCCUGUGCCAGGACGGUGAGGCUCUCAUUAAGGCCGGUAUCUGCAAGAGAGCGGCUGCAGAAGCUCAUUUCAGACUCCGUAAGGCUCAGAAGAAGACAGUCCCACCUCCACCUCCACCUGCAGCUACAGCUGUCAAAACAUGUCAACAUGCCAACAGCAAGUUGGCAGAAGAGUACUGUAAUCACUCCUGGUCCAGUUUUUGCACGCUCCUCUUCACGAUGGUGCAGGAUUAUGAUUGUUAAAGAAAAAAGACAUUUAAACUCCUUAUUAUUACAGACUUUAUAUGAGCCUGUUGAAGUAAAUCGUUCCCCCUCUGAAUGCUUUUGGAUCUUUUUUAACGUUGUCCCAAAAAUUGAAAGAAAAGACAGCAUGAACCACACAAAUUGCUUAAAAUUGAUUAAAAGUAAAUACAAGUGAUUUCCAAGAGAUAUUAACAGAAUAAAAAGGUCAAUAAAAGUCAAAGCAGCA